CCAAACGUCUCUACCCGCUUCGGGAGUUAAAACAAACCAUAGAGGAUAAAUGAUAUGUGGUCCUUGGAUGGAGACGUUUUCUACUGUACUGUACUGUGGUCGUAUAUUUUAGCUUAAUUGAAACAUUCAACGCUAGUUUAUCUUUGAAAACGUGUUAGAAUGAAUGUAAAGUUGUCUUGAUAAAAUAGUUAAUUGUUAACAGAGUUAUUUAUCUGCUUAAAUCGUCGAGUGUGCGGACAGAGUUGGUUUUCGUAACCGAGCUUUCAGACUUGUCGAUUGUGUGCUUUUAUUGUUUGUUUUUUUCUGAUUUGUGAUUGCUAUUAUGCGGUAAUACGGUAGCAAUUCUCAAACUUGGAUAAGAAAGAAUAGAAGACGUCUCAAAAGCAAUCUGUUAAAUCUGCGAAAAACAAUAAUUGAAACUUUAUUAAUACAUGACGCAAUGUUGCGCAUUUACAGAUACAUCUAUUGCAUGUGACUUCCUUUUUAUGGCUGAAUUGACGACACCAUUGUGAUAGUGGAAAAUCAAUAAAUUUGAAACAUAACAAAUUAAGUUAGUUAUGAAGCAAAGUGCAAUAUAAUUGAGAACUCUUGUGUGAUAAAUAAAACUUUAAUCCGGCGCACUUUCACAAUAGAGCAUUCUCUAUUAAAUCGAUGGAUGGUCGUCAUAUCACGUGACUCUCAAACGACGUUUAUAAGCACAACCAGCGUAUAAUAUAACCUGAAUGAAACUAUGGAUUGAUAAUAUCGACGAGACAAAGCGUGUAGUUUAUCUUAUAAUGAAUUAUAAAAAGGAUGUUUAGACGCAUUGAAUAAACUGUUAUUUGAAAUAUGAUUUUCUGGUGAUAAAACGUAGCGAACUUUAUACCAAAAUUCGUAUUGCAUUUACCGGUGUUUGGUGGAGAAAUAACGCAUAAUUAUUAAUAUUCAAAUAAUUGCCUUGAAAUUCUAGCAUUUAAACGUCUUAAAAAGAAAAACAAUUGGAAGUGUUACAACUGAAAAACUAUUUUAAAACACCGAAAGGGACAAAUACCGAACGACUAAAAUUGUGAUUAAAAGCAAAAGUUUUGUGUUAUAAAAUAAAAAAAGCUUGUGCUUAAUAAUACACUAAUAAAACAGCGAUACAUAAAGCGUCGGCGCGUGGUGCCAUUUGAAAUAACCGGAAUUUCUAAGGAGGAAUCUGUUGUCCGCAAGAAUGAGGCGGAAGUCGGGCUCGGUGGCGAACACUGCAGUCGUGAAACUUGGAAUGGCGUUCUUUGUUACUGAUGACUGUCCUUAUCAAGAAACGGUGGAGACAUACAACCGCUGUGUCGACAUGGAUGAAGAGAAAACUCGGAAAAAUAGAAAGGAAAAGAAGGACGGUAAAUUCUUCAAGUUCGUCAAGAAACAUUUCCUUCAACGGAAGGGAUCCUCUAACGACGUCAAGGAAAUCCACCUAGUACCGGAAGGGGAAGAGCUCAAGUGGGCAUCGAGGAGCGCCGGAAGUGCUCAGUCGCGCUCGAGUAGCGACACCACCGGAAGUGAAGGCGAUAAAAUGAAAGUAGUGCACGAUAUGGCGGAGGAAUACAUUCAAGAAGACGUAUGACGAUCACAGGGGACUAUUGGAUUUUGGCAUUUAUUUUUUUUGUGACGAAUAUCGUAAUAAAAAGACAAAACUCGCGAUGUUCCACGAGAUCUCACCGACACUUAACCAUCUUACGUCACAUCCGGUGUGGAAGAGGGUGAGAAUCAGUUUCGCCAUGAAAUGAUGCGACAGAAAGCAAAACGGCUGAAAAUGAUUAAAAAAUGAACCCUCCCCUGUGGAAGAUGACGAAAGUGUAAUGUAAAUAUGGUACUUAUUUAUGCACAAAAUAUGCAAAACGUGUUCAUAACUGACUAUACUACUGUACUUUGUAUCGUAUUGCCAUAGAACUGAUUCUUGUAUAUGUUGUUCUUUGGGAAAAUUACUAGUAUUUCCUGACUUUGGAGUAUCAAAGAAAAGUUGAUUGAAACCAUCGUAAAUCAUAUAAUUUACAAUAUUGACAUUUAUUUUAAUUUAGUUAUUAUUGCUAUUUUGUUAAAACAUAAACGAGAUGAGAGAAAGUAAAAUGAAACACCAUAAUAAACGGAAUCUUCAAACAAUUGGCUAGAGUAAUAGUAUAUGUAUUAGGUAUGUUAAUUUAAAUGUGGUGUUAAUACUCACGAAAAUAUUGUUACAAUCGACUAAAAGUAAAACUGUACGGCAAUUAACUUUUUUGGAUAGAUCAAAUCAUCGCACAUUGAAUAAUUGGGUUUCAAUUAUUAUUUAUAAAUUUGUGAAUGAUAAUACUUUGUAUAUCAAAAAUGUAACAAUUUCCUUACGAUCGCUUUCGUGAGUAUAGAAUAUUUCUGCUUCAUAUAUUCUUAAAUAAUUAUGUAUGUGAGUUUAUACCAGCGAAUUAAGAACUACAUGUACCUAACAACCAUGGUGUUUUGUUAAUUAUCCUUAUACUAGUAAUUUAAUGUAGUGUCUUAUAUUUUAAAAUAACUUAAGAAAAAUAUACUUUGUGCCCAUUUUUAAGAGUGUGGUUAAACCCAUUCAUUUAAAUGAUAAAAAAGUUACAUUUAAACAUUUAUUUAUUAUGAACGCACAUCUAGUCGUCGUUAAAAAUUAAUAACAUUUACCAAUCCGUCCAGUUCGUCUCGUUGUUUGAUUAUUGAAUCAUAUGUGUUUAACAUUACUUCCAUUCGAAAAACGUUGUUGCGGCAUGCUUUAAUAGAACAAAAGUAGAACUAAAAAUAGAGCGUAACCCCUCAAUUUCAAAGACAAUUUAACAAGAUUAUACCCCUCGACAUGUGGUUAAGAGUAAAUAUUGACAAUCCUUUGUGGUAAACGUGUGGGUUAGAACUGAAUGUAAAAUAAUACAAAUAAAGGUAUUUGAAGUGUCAAAUGAGUUCUUACCCAUGGUGGUUUGUAUGCUAAGCAAAAAGGUAAAAAUAGUGACAUGUAAUGUUUGUUUUUAUAUAUUACGCUCUUGUGAUAUCAAAGUUUGUUUAAUAUAUAAAACAAUUCUUUUUGUAAUAGAUGUAGUUGUAAAAAACAUUAUUAUCUUUUGGGUUUCAAGUUCCGAAUACAGUAUUAUUAUUAUCAUUAUUAUUAUUAUUAUGGGUUAAGUUUUCAGAUUGUUAUGGCUUCACUUCCAAAAACAUGCUUAUUGCUAUUGUAAAAUAAAUUAUAUCGCUUAGGACAAAUUGUCAUUUAAAUGUUUUAUCAUAGAUAAACAGUAUUAAAUAUACGUGCAUAAUGCAUUUGAUGAAAACCUUAACAAAGCAGAAUUUCUCUAUUUUCACAUGGUGUACACAAUACAUUAUUCUACACAUGAAACAUAUUUUAUCACUAUUGUAUCAUGUUAAUAUAAACAAUUAUAAGAUUAUAAAUUGUUAUUGUGUUGAUGUGUUGAUUACUACUAAUAUAAUGUACCAGUUAAGUCAUUUAAUUUUAUAUUUUAUGAAAUAUGUUUUAUUUUGCAAUGAAACAAUACAAAUUAAACGUUAAAAAUGUA